CCGGCCACUUCAUCCAGCUUCCCCACUCUAUUUGCUACGGUAUUCAUGGCUCCGAACUUUGUUGUGAGAGGGAGUGUAGCAGAGGUGAAGACCAUCGUUUGAUUAAGCUUUCAAUCAUUGAUUUCGCUAGUAAGAAAGAGCGAGUGGCUGUGGUGGAAUGUCGGGGACAUGAUGCUGCUAGAUUUCAGAGUAUCGGGCAUGCUCAUGGUUGGGAAGAAGAUGUUAUUGGUAUGAUUGAGCAGAAGCACGGAAAACAAAGAAUUUCGAUAUCUUUUGAGUGUGAGACACUGAAGGCAGACAAUGCAGCACAAGAGCACCUACAGAAGUACAUGCCCAAUUUAGCUGGAGUAGAUGCUGUAGUUAAUAUUGGCCGCAUGAGCAUUUCUGGUAUCAAUUUCGAUGGGGAGGAAGAAAUUACUGCAUGACUGUAUUGUUGCAAUCUGUAAGUAAAUGAAUUAGACAUUUUGUAGCUUCAUUCAGAAAUAUUUUAUACUAUGAUAAUUUUUUUU